UUGUUUCCAUUUCUUUCUGGAAAGCCUUGAAUACAAUCAACUCCAAAACUCCAACGUCUGGAAAAUUUGAUUUUAUCUAAAAACCGAAGCUUCAAAUUAACAAAACUGUCUCUUCAUUAGCUGUGAGCAAAACAGUUUGAAGGAACGAGAGCCAUACUUUAGGAUGAAGGUGUGGAUUGUCAUAAUAGCAGUAUGUUUGUGGCAAGGAAUUGUCAGUUUAAGAGGACGCUACACUUCUGAAGAACCUGCAGUCAAAUAUAAUGUGAAUCCAGAGUGCUUUUUAAAUGUUACUAAGAUUAUCCAACUUUACGGAUACCCCAGUGAAGAACAUCAUGUGGAGACAGAAGAUGGAUAUAUCCUUACAGUCAUCCGAAUACCUCAUGGAAGACAUAAUGGUACAAACAAAGGCUCACGGCCAACCGUAUAUUUGCAACAUGCUUUGAUUGGAGAUGCUUCUCACUGGGUUUCAAACCAACCUCAAAAGAGUUUGGGUUUCAUCUUAGCAGAUGCUGGCUAUGAUGUCUGGCUUGGGAACAGCAGAGGCAACACCUAUUCUUUAAACCAUAAGACCCUGACGACCAAGGAACAAAAGUUCUGGGAAUUUAGUUUUCAUGAGAUGGGAUACUAUGAUAUUCCUGCCGUCAUCAACUUCAUCCUGAAGAAAACUGCCCAAGAACAACUAUAUUUCGUAGGACAUUCUGAAGGCUCAACAGCAGGAUUCAUUGCAUUCUCUACUUGGCCAAAAUUGGCUGAAAAGGUCAAAGUUUUUUUUGCCUUGGCACCUCCAACCGCAGUCCCAUUUGCUACAACCCCCCUCACAAUAUUGGCACGGCUUUCUGAAACAACAUUACGCAUGAUAUUCGGGAACAAAGGAGCAUUUCAGUAUCCUACAUAUUUUAGAAAUCUAUUUACAAAAAUCUGUGUUUAUUCCCCUCGAUUAUCUUCCAACAUUAUGUUUUUUGUGGCAGGAUAUAACGCUCCGAAUUUAAACAUGAGCCGGCUUGAUAUAUAUGCAGCACACAGUCCCGCUGGAACCUCUGUACAAAAUGGUCUUCAUUGGUGUCAGAACCAUCGGUCAAAGUCAUUUCGAGCAUAUGACUAUGGAUGUGCAGAGAAGAAUAUGGAAAAGUACAACCAGACAGCACCUCCUAUCUACAAAAUAGAAAAUAUAAAAAUACCAAUUGCCAUUUGGACAGGCGGGCAAGACUUGUUUGUAGUUCCAAAAGAUGCAGCAAUGUUGUCUUCUCAGAUUAGUAAUCUCAUUUAUGAAAAACAUAUUCCUGAAUGGCAACAUUUAGACUUUAUUUGGGGGAUGGAUGCACCUGAGCGCUUAUACAUGGAUAUCAUUAAAAUUGCAAAGAAGUUUCCAUAAUUCCCAUAUAAGAAAAGCUGACAUCUUCAACAUUGAAUGCAAGUACACUUGGGCGGGGGAGUCCUCAAUACUACACAAUACUGCCAUAAAACCAUAUUCCAAUAGAGCAAAUAAACUGAAUACAUAAAUAUCCAGAAUCUAUGUCCAUCUUGUUUUUUUUAAGUUUAUAGCAGUGAACCAUUAGUUACAGUGUAAAGAUUACUGGGAAUAUGAAUUCACUAAAAGUUGAAUGAAGGAAGUGUGUUAAUUCCUUUC